GUUUUGAACUAAUGUUUAGUACAUAUGAAAACCUAGUUUAAAACCAGCUCUGUUACUUCCAUCCUCUCAGGUGUUUCUUCCUCUCCUUCAGAGAGCUGCAAAGACAAAGGACAACGGUGAUGAAAUGUCCUGCAGAAGGUCAGCCAUCAUCAACAUAUCCACUCUUCUCUCUUCCAUGGAGAAGUGUUCAGAAACUUUCCAGGCAGCGCAGAUGUACCCCUACAGAACAAGCAAGGCAGCACUAAACAUGCUGACAUGCUGUCAAGCUGAAGACCUCAAGGACCAUAAGAUCCUGGUGACGGCCAUCCACCCGGGCUGGGUCCGUACGGACAUGGGCGGAGAUCAGGCUCCUUUGACCACCCAGGAUAGCGUAGCGGGAAUGCUUGAUGUAAUGUCAACACUAACCGGAAGACACACUGGGCUCCUACUGGACUGGGAGGGCAACGUCAUCCCCUGGUAGUUGCCAUUGUGACCACUAAGCCCAAAUAAAAGAAAAAUGAAUUCACAAAAAAAAAUGUUUGGCUUUCCUUCGUUUUUAUCUGUGUCGAAAAAGCAAACAUUUGAAAAACUUUUCAUAAAGCCAAAAACACGACAUCAUGAUUCAGCAGCUUUUGCAGCCAUGAUUCAGCCUUUCGGUCUGAUCUAGGUUAAAACAUGAAAGACAGAAGGAACUUCACCUGGAGUUGCUUCACUUGUUUGAGGAUUUAAAUGUUUGUUUCUACACAGCUCUUUAAAGACUCGACAGGGCAACACUUCCUCAUUUCUGUUAUUACAUUUUUUAAAAGUAUUUCUUCAGUCAAAGCCCUGUGCUAACAAUUGAAUUGCUGUACUCCUGUCCUCUACCCUUAACAUGGCAAUGGCACCAAAUGAUGCACCACUUGUUGAUAAUGGUCAUAGGAAAGUUUAGCCCAUUCCUGAAUUUGAACUGUGAAGUUUGAGGGCUUUCAUUCAUGUUUGGCUAAUUUCAACACACCUGAAUGCAACAUCCUGGAUUCAAGUUCCCCUUUCUCUUGCCAUGUUUCUGCCUCACAUAAUUUCCUGAAUUCAACCAUGUUCAACAAGCAUAUUAAGAUCUAGAGUAGAGGUACCAAGCCAACUUUAUUCAUCAGCACUUUAUAAACAGCAACUAUUUAAAAAUAUUUAGUUAUCUAAAGACACUUGUUUCAAGCG